AUGGCGCCAAAGCGUGUGAAUGAUGAAGAGAGUGAGCAGGGCACUUUGGAAGAAGUGCCAAUAAUGGCAGAGAAUGAUGUAGAUGAGCAGGUCGCUUUGGCAGAAGCUUUGUCAGAGGACAUGGUUGAGGAAAGCGAGAGUGAAUCCGAAGGGUCGGGGGAGGAAGAGCCCGAUGUGGAUGAUACGCUCUUUGAAGAUGACAUUGACAUUGAGCGUCUCACGGAGGCGGUUCAAGAGUUGUCCCUUCUUGAGCUGACACGCCUUGAGCAAGGAUGGAGUGAGAAAGCCGAGGAGGCAAAGGAGGUCGCAAAGGAGUUACAGGCCCGCUUUUUGUUGGUCAAGAGCAAGAAGGACUCUAUCCAAAAAGCACAAGCAAAGGUGGCAGCAAAAGCAAAGAGCAAGCUGUCCAAGGCGGCAAAGUCCAAGGCGAAGGCGAUGGAGAAACUCGCACAGAUGCGGGUGGUGGUGACGUACAGAGGUGCUGACUAUGUGGUCUUCAUCGCCAAGAAGGACAGAGUGAAGCAGCUCCGAGAGGUACUCCACCGCUCUCACCCAACAGUCUUCACGACGGAGAAGAUGCUCGAAAGGCUCACCUUCCACUUGGGCGACACUGUCUUGGGUGGUGUCACGGGAAGGACCGAGCUCGGGUCACAGGGCGUGGUGGAGAACUCCAUCCUCACCGCCACGGAUGAUGACGAUGACGGAGGUGAUGCCCCGAACCAGCAAGGUGGCGGUUACCCCGACCAGAACCAAGACGGCAACGAUGACGACGGCAAGGACAAGAAGGACGAGAAGUCCAAGAAGACCAAGAAGACCAAGAAGACCAAGAAGGAGAAGCAGGACAAGGACAACAACCCCAGCGGCGGCGCUUCCAGUUCCAAGGAUGGCGAGGUCAAGGAGGCGUUUGUGAUGAUGGACACCAAGAAAGGCAUGAUGCGGCUCACAUUCCCCAUUGAGAAGCACACCACCUUCAGCGACCUCUACAUCAUCAUCAAGAAGGAGCACGGCAUUCACGUGGGCGACGACAAGAACCUCGGUCUCUUCUUCAAGGACAGUCAGGUGGUGGGAUACGAGAGCGUGAGCUCCAUCAUGAUGAAGGAGGGUGACACGCUGGACAUCCGACCCAAGUUGUCUGGCGGUGGGCGCUUCAGGCAGACCCGCAAGACCUUCGUGAAGAAGUGCGACGCCGUGGAUGACCUCAAGCGGACGAUGAAGGAGAGCAUCAUCAAGACCAAAGUGCCAGAGGGCGAUGACUUCAUCAACGAGUUCAAUCAGGUCAUCGCCACCUACAAAGGUAUGAUUAACGAGGCGAAGAUGUUGAAGGCAAACGGCUGUCAGAUUUUCCAGAUGGCAGUGCGUCGCCUUUCCAUGGAUGAGCUACUCUGA